AUGGAAACUUCUUAUUUGUUCUCUCUGCUUGUCACGCUUUGGCAAGAUCCAAAAUUGGUUUGGCCCACAAUUGCGAUCUUCUUGCUCCUAUACUCACCCAUAGAAGGGCAUCUAAGAUCCUUCUAUCAUAAUUCUUCGGGACUUUUGUCAACUGUCAGACUAUACUUUCAUGAUACCAGGGAACCCUUCGCUAUCACAAUUGCAGGACAAAAAUGGUAUAUCUUAACCGAUGCCGAUGAUGUCAGUGCAACCUAUAAGAUCAAUGAUGGAUCUCUAUCAUACGAAAUAUUCGCCAGAGAAGUCUUUCGAGUGAUUGGCGUUUCGGCAUCGGGCGUUUCGAAGGUCUUUCAAACCCAGGAUCUAGACAAGCAAGGCACUCAGUAUCCAGAGUAUAAGGACUUGCUAGCCUUGAUGAAAGAGUUUCAAGUACGCCAACUUUACCCAGGGAAGCCUUUAGAUGACCUGGUGAGAAUAUCCAGGGAAUCUUUAGACAAUCAUAUGAACCUCGAAUCCGUCUUCGACAGAGGUUCUUGGUAUAUCAAAAGCACAGACAACGGCAUACCAACAGUUUCUCUUUUCAGCUGGGUCUCGGAUCUUUUCAUAGGCUUAGGGCAAGAAGCGUAUUUUGGAAAAGUGCUCGAAGAAAUCGAACCGGAUUUAAUCCAAACUUUCCAGAAAUUUGAUGCCGCUGCCUGGCAAGUAUUGUACCAGUAUCCAAAAAUCUUGUCCGGGCCCAUGCUUGAGAAUAAAAGCAAAAUGCAGGCAGCUAUGGAACGCUAUUUCGACUUACCGGCCGGGAAAAGAGAUAGUGCAGCAUAUCUAAUAUUGGAGCUUGAAAAGGAGAUGCUAAGAUUGGGCAUUUCAAAGUCUGAUCGAGGCAUAUUCUUCUUUCAGAUAUACUGGAGUAUCAACGGAAAUACUCGGAAAGCACCAUUUUGGAUGCUCUCAUACAUUUUGUAUCAGCCAGAUUUGAUCGAAAUUAUCAGGAAAGAGACCAAUCCUGCUUUUUCCGAAAAUGGUGUGGAUGUAGCAUAUCUUUCGAAAUCAUGCCAUAUACUGAACAGUCUGUGGGACGAAACAAUUCGAAUCACGGCGUCGGCUGCUUCUGUUCGCUUUCUCACUAAGGACAUAGAAAUCGGUAAUAAGAUACUUCGGAAAGGCAACCGUAUAAUGAUGCCACAGCGUCAAUUACACUUCGAUCCGAAAACGUUUGGCGCUGAUGCUAUGGAAUUUGAUGCAGAAAGGUUUACGAAGAAUCCCGGGUUGAGACGACAUCCUAGUCUACGCCCGUUUGGUGGUGGAACAUCUUUGUGUCCUGGACGCUUUCUUGCCAAGCAGACAACUUUGACGUUCAUUGCUAUGGCACUGAACAGAUUCGAUAUUGUUCUCGAUCCGCCUUCUCAGCCAUUUCCAGUCCCCGAUGAGGGCAAGCCAACAUUGGCGUUGGUAGAUUUCGUGGAAGGUUACGAUUUAAAAGUAAAACUUCAUCCUCGCAAUACUUAG